UUGUCGUCGAGGCCGCGCUGCGAUCUGUACCCAUCCUGGUCUCCGCUCAACACGCCCCCAGCAGCUAGCCAGCUAGUCGACGUCCGCGCCCGACAUCAGCUUAGCACUGCGCGCGUGCGCCUCAAUUGCCAGCUUCACAUCACUUUUUCAGUCUCCACUGCCCUCAACUCCUCGCGCUUCCCUUUAACCUACCGCAUCCCUUCCUUUGCUCCGCUUCGCAACCUGCUCCCCUCCACACCUGCCUCCGCUAGCUACUGGCACGCGAUCCGUUACCUAUAGCGGGCCCAUACGUCAUCUGGCGUCCAAGCAGAAAACAUCCCUCUUGCUUGCUCGCCCACUGCAUCCUGAUCAGGGCAUUCACAUGAAGACCAUCUUCAGGAAAGUUACCCGCUUUAACAGUUUUUGGUGGUUGUUGCUCCCUGGGACCGACGAUACGUUCGACAACGCAUCGUGAACGCCCUCCCAUUAGUCCCCCCCUACCGGGACAGCCCAACAGAGCCUUCGUAUCCAUCGAGCCACACUUCCCUCGUCGACAAUUGCAAUAAUUCGAAGCAUUUCCGCCACGAAUCGGCAUCGCUGCCUGGAAUUCAACUUUCCACACCCAUUGCCAAACAUCACUGUCCAACCAUCUUGGCUGCGUAAACUUGCAUAAAGUUUCCGAAUACUAUCCUUUCUUCCGAUAUCCCCCGAUCGCCCAUUCCCCGCAUUUACCUCAGACGCACACCGAGUAGCUUCCGCAAGCUUGUCGACUCAUCAGGUUUGCAAUCGGAAUCCAACACGCUAGUCACUGUCACCAGCUGUAGCAUGAACAUAAGGCCUAUAGAUUUUCCAGAAGGUUUUUUCAAAUAUGGCGACCUUGGCUCCUCCCCGAAGGUUCAACGUUGAACCCAUUGAGACUACUGUCAAGUCUUCAAAGGAUCGAGCUACUAAAACGGAGCAUGUACAACCUCCGCAGGAAUCUGCUCCCCCAUCCGUCGAUACAAAUACCAAGACUCCUCGUCGAUUUGCUCCUCAGCUUGUAGAGACGACAACAAAGUCCUCCAAACAUCAACCACACGCAACCACCGAGAGGGUCAAAAAACCCCGUAAAUUUGCUCCAGAGCCCAUCGAGACGUCGACAAAGAGUAGCCGGAAAAAGUUUGCAGAGGAUUGGGAUAGUCAGACUACAGAGAAGAAGGAAAGACCGCCUAGGACACCUAGGAAAUUUGCACCACAACUUGUUGAAACUGCACAACGAUCUCGACGCGGAGGAGAUCCUGCUCGUACGCUCGCACCUUCCGACAACACAGAAGCAACGCCAAUCAACAAGCUGGCGGUCAAUACAAUGGGGCUUACGGUGCCUGGUCCGCCAACAAACACCCCCAUUUCUGAUUACUCGCAUAAUCCUCUGUUUGAAGAGAUUCAACGCGCAACAUCUCCGAUAACAAGACGGAGAUUAGUCAAGCGGCUAUCGCAGCAUUGUUUUCGUGUUCCUGAUCUUGACGCAAUUGAAUCGUCAGAGUCAGAAGGCUCCACACCCUCCUCUCCACUUUGCACACCUUACUUUGCAACACACUGUCACUCCUACAAGGAGUAUAAAGAACCCACUCGAGUACGAGAAAGUGCCGACGAAAAGGUUUCUGGCUACCUAUUGGCGUUAGCAGCAAAGGCUGCGGAGAAACAGUUGUGUGAACAAGUCAUGGCUGCUUUCCCGAAUAACGAUCACCACGAGCCUGUGGACCACUUUGUCGACCGAGAAGAUUCAUUCUUGGAGGAUUCGCGACCCAGCAGCAUACCUUCCCACCGACAAGUCAACUGGGAUGUCGUUGCAAUGCAAGAACAUCGUGAGAAGAUGGACAAGGCUCAAAAUGGUGAAGAGGCGCGGGGUAGAUGUCGAGUCGCAGUAGACAAGGGCGUUUCCAAGCAAACUGACUGCACUCCCCUUGAUCGUAUCAAGACAAAUGCCGCUGGGGGUUGCCCAAAGGAUGAUGAGCUGGACUGUAUGCGAAAAGGCGCCCGGCCACCCAUGCUCGGAAAGGACAUCAAGUUUCCCAGAUGUGCAUCACCCGAGCCGGCACGCUUCGAUACUACGCAAGGCCGCGAUGUUGUCCAGAAGGCUAUGUCAUAUCUCUCAGAACAGUCGCAUCAGGCAGAGAAGGGAGGCGAGAGUCUCUGGUGUGGAAGAGGGAACGGCAAGCAGACGAGUCAGGUCUUGUCCCUGUGGGGUGGGUCUAAUGCGAGCAGCCGCUCCCAAAGUCGCCAGAGUGGUCUCUGGGGUGGCUGCUGUGCGAGCUCAUGCACCGAUCUCACAAAACCCCCGACGGGCAUUCUCACCCCUAGGAAAGAGAAAGCCGAUCCACCCUCACCAUGCCCGACACCUGCCGCAUUGGUCCUUCCUCCAACUCCUCCUGCAUGCCAGACUGACUUCGCGGGUAUUGACGAGAGACUUGCUGUAGAAGCUACUAUUGAAGAGGAUUUUGGAGACAACUUUGUUACGCAGGUGUACAACUAUCUCUCACUGGGAUAUCCCUCCAUGGCUCGCCCCUUUGACGAUGAAUUGUCCAAAAUCUCGAAAAUACCCGUUGAAGAGUUGAGGCAAGAUGAUGGUUUGGCGCAGUCAAGAGGCUACAUCCGCCUCGGCGCCGAUGGCAACCUUGCGGAUGAGGAGAUUACCGAAGAAUCUUGCAUGCGUUGGCGAGCGUUGCGCGUCUAUAUCCGCGAAUGGGCUAAGCAAGAGCCUGGUAUGGCCGGCGACGGCUUGCUUGGUGCUACUGGUCGUAAGGGAAGCUGGGGAAUUUGA